UCAACAGUGUAAUACCGUUGAGAUUUAGACGCAUAUCUCAACCCCACAUUUCCCACAGUCUUGGAUAACGAGUCGCAAGGCACAUUACCGCCGCCAUGUCUGGAGGCUCUUUCCCUGGGAGCUCGAAGGACAAAGUCAAUGGCGCGGGCAAGGCCUUGACCACACACGACCUCGACGGCCACGAUCUGCCACCGUCGCCCGCACCAAGCACACCACGCAAUGGCGGCAGGAAGUAUGCUCUGGCAACGGAGCUGGUCUACACGGAGAGCAACGACCAGUACAACGCCGCGUCCGUGCCCAUAUACCAGUCUGCAACCUUCAAGCAGACAUCCGCGACGGGUGGCGGAAUGGAGUACGACUACACACGCUCUGGGAAUCCCACACGGACGCAUCUCGAGCGACACCUCGCCAAGAUUAUGAAUGCGGAACGCGCGCUUGUCGUCUCGUCGGGCAUGGGAGCUCUCGAUGUAAUCACGCGACUACUGCGACCGGGCGACGAAGUCGUUACCGGAGACGAUCUGUACGGCGGAACAAACAGACUGCUGAAGUACCUCUCCACACACGGAGGCAUCGUCGUCCACCACGUUGAUACCACCGACCCUGAGUCCCUCCGAGCCGUCGUUAACAACAAGACCGCCAUGGUUCUCCUAGAAACCCCCACCAACCCGCUCAUCAAAAUCGUCGACAUCCCCUCCAUCGCCUCCAUCACGCACGCUGCGAAUCCGGCCGCCGUCGUCGCAGUCGACAACACCAUGCUCUCCCCCAUGCUACAGAACCCACUUGACCUCGGUGCGGACGUCGUCUACGAGUCCGGCACAAAGUAUCUCUCAGGCCAUCACGAUCUCAUGGCCGGCGUCAUCGCAAUCAACGACAACGCGUUGGGAGAGAAGCUGUACUUCACAAUCAACGCGUCGGGAUGUGGUCUCUCGCCGUUCGACUCGUGGCUGCUCCUCCGCGGCAUCAAGACGCUCGGCGUCCGCAUGGAAAAGCAGCAGGCCAACGCCAUGCGCAUCGCAACCUUCCUCGAGUCCCACGGCUUCAAGGUACGCUACCCCGGCCUAAAGUCCCACCCGCAGUACGACCUCCACUGGAGCAUGGCGCGGGGCGCUGGCGCGGUCCUGUCUUUCGAGACGGGCGAUGUCAACGUAUCGGAGCGCAUCGUCGAGAGCGCGCGCCUCUGGGCCAUCAGCGUGAGCUUCGGCUGCGUCAACAGCCUGAUCAGCAUGCCGUGUCGCAUGAGCCACGCAAGCAUCGAUGCAAAGACACGCGCGGAGCGGGCGCUGCCCGAGGAUAUUAUCCGCUUGUGCGUAGGGAUUGAGGAUCCGGAGGAUUUGAUCGAUGAUCUUAGCCGUGCUCUCGUCCAAGCAGGCGCCGUCAACCUCACGCCCGAGGGCUUCCAGGCGCUCAAGAUCAGCGACGCUGCUGAGUCGGAGGCGUCCUCUUCUUCUUCCUAAACCUACCCCUCUCGCCAUCUUUGUCACCCCAGGCACCACCCAGUCACCUCUGCCAUGCCACACCCUCAUGGUAACGUGAUACAACCCGCACCUGCCUUCCUGCACAGGCUUCGCUUCGUCCACUCUCCUUAACACUAGUCACCUCUGUCAGGCCCUCCCUGUUAACGUGAUAUACACACAGCACCUGGGACCUUGUGGAAAGGACCCGCGUAUUUUCUGUAGCUAGAUUGAGCUUGGA